AUGAAUUUGUUGGCGCGGUUACUGGUGAUACUUUCACUUGGGCUAAUUGCUAAAGACCCAUAUGCACUGGCUAUUAAUGAUGUGCAUGUUAAUGUCAAUGUUAAUGUAAAUGUUAACGUUGGCGUUCUAAGAACUUUGAAGAACCAGACCAGAGUUCAAAAAGUUACGCCACAAAAUUAUGCGGAUCCAGCUCCUAUCUAUACACCCACGCCUCUCUGGGAUAAUAAAAGUGGAGCCGAUGAUUUUUUCGGUGUUCUAAAUGACAGCGUGACUGCAAACUACACAGGACAUAUUGAUUCUGGUUUUACAAACCCCCCAAGAUCCCAACCAAGUAAAGAUGCUUCUGCGAGCAAUAGCAAGGAUCUUGGUAUUAGACCUCUCAAGAUUGAGCCAUGGGUGGAUUCUUAUGGAACUCUAAAUGACCAGUCUUCAAAGAAAUCAGCUCCAGUUAAUGAUUUCACUCUACCAAAAUCCCAACCACAAGAAAUUUAUCCUGGUUAUUUAGGGCCCCUGCCUAAUGCUGUCAAUCUACCAAAAUCCGAACAACGAGGAACUGAUCCUCGUUUUUCCCAACCACGAGAAAUUGAUCCUUUUUUUAGGCCACAGCCUAAUGAUGUCACUCUACCAAAAUCCCAAAUCACUGGACCAUGGCUCGAUUCUUUCGGAACUCUAAAUGACCAGUCUUCAAAAAAAGCAGCGCCAUUUAGCGAAGCCAAGGAUAUUACACAGACCCCGUACAGUGGUUUUUGGGGAGCAUUAAAUAACCAGCCUUCGAUGAAAAAAACAGCUCCAACAAGCGGACCCAAGGAUUUCGGGUAUCUACGGGACCAUCCUCUAAAAAAAGGACUAAUGGAUUAUUUCGGAUCGCUAAGUCAGCAGCCUUCAAAAAGCGGAAUGUUCGGUUUCAACAUUUUUUAAUGUCACAAAAAUCAAAUUUAUAA